AUGACAAAAACAAUAGAAGCUGUUAUUGAUUUAUGUGAAGAUGAAGAUAUAACCAUUCGUAAAUUAGCAAUUAAAGAAUUUCCAACAUUAGUACGGGCAUCGAAUGAUACACUUCAACGUGUUAUUGGUGUACUUAUACAAUUACUUCAAGCAAAUGAUACAAGUGAAGUAACACAAGUACAAAAUUCCAUUAUGACGAUAUAUCAUAUUAAUCCAAAAGAAACAAUAGGUGGAAUUCUUAGUGAAAUUCAACGUUCUCAAGAAGAUUUACUUCGUAAACGUGCUCUUCGAUUUUUAUGCAGUCGAAUAGCAACAUUAGAUGAAACGGAUUUACCUAAAGAUAUUGAAGAACAUCUAGUUAAAACAUGUAAAGAUAUUGCAUCAGAACUUGAUUCAGAAGAAUUUGUUACAAUUAUUAAAUUACUUUCAACACUUCGUUCAAUGCAAACAUUAAUUGCUCGGCAAGAACUGGUUAAUAUGAUUAUAAAUCAAUGUCAUUUAGAACAAGGAUGGAAUGGCGUUGAUACUGAUCGUCUUAGUCUUGUAGCUAUAUUUAUGGGUCAUGCAACGAGUUUACUUUCUAAAAAUGUCCAUUCAACAAAAUUUGUUGUAUUUAUGCUUGAUUAUGUUAUUGAACAUAUUGAUAAAUUACCAUUAUCAUCUGAUGAUAAACUUGAUUUAUUUCGUAUACUUGCUGAAAUGUGUCCAUUUUGUACGGAAUUUGAUCGACCAAAAGAACGUUUAGCAAAAUUAUUCAAUGUUCUUAUGACAUUUUUACCAGAACCGCCUGUUGAAUCUGAAACAGGUACAAAUGAUGUAACACCUGAUUUUCAAUUUUCAUUUAUUGAAUGUUUAAUGUAUGGAUUACAUCAAUUAUCAAGAAAAUAUCCUGAUUUUCUUAUUGCAGAAGAAAACGAAGAACGUGUUAAAGAUUUUCGAUUAAGAUUACGUUAUCUUUAUCGUGGUGCAUCAUCAUAUACAACUCAAUUGAAAAAUGCAUUGAAUGGAAAAGUCGAAGGCGAUGAACAAGAUGAACAAAAAAAAACACGAUUAAUUGCAUAUAAAAUAUGUUCCAAUGUUCAAAUAAUGAUACGUGAUUUAUGUCGGUCACCACCAUCAUUUAAAUCCAAUAUUAUUCUUUCAUGGAAACCAACAGAAGAAUUAAAACGAUCACAUUCAGAAAGUGAUGGAGGUGCAACAACAAAUAAAAAUGGUGUUGGAACAAAUACUUCUACUGCUUCUGGUUCGGCUAAUACAACAAAUAAACGUGCUCGACCAGAAAAACAACUUUAUAGACCACCGAGUGGUGCACAAUCAGGUGGACAAAAAAAUCGUCGUGGUGGUUAUCAACGAUAUUAA